CAGGCUGGGCCACUGCCGCUGGCCGCUGAACAGGCAGCCCAACUUCCUCUCCUCUUGUACCGCCCUCCCUGCCCGCCCUCCCCUGCCUGGCGCCGGAGGGAGGCUGUUUUUCCACUCGCGGCUUGCUGCACGAGUUCCAUCCUGUUUCUUUCCUCUGCUUCCCUGGAGUUUAAAAACUUCUUUGAAAACACCACCGAAAACACCACCGGCCCCACGCCCUACUGGUCUCAAGUUUCCUGCCCUGAUGCAGAAGAAAGCACAAGGGAGCCCGUGGACGGCAGCGCCGGCAGCACUUGGGGGGCCCACCCUGCAGGCCUACGCCCCGCUAAGGCUGGAGCCACUGGUUGGCACCACAGCUGGCCCCAGGAAGCACCAGGCUGGCCACUGGAGGGGAUAAAAUGGCAAGACCGUGCCCUGCCUUCAGAUACCCACCAGCCUCCAUUCCCUCCUAGCCCCAUCAGGAACCAUCAGGAACCAUUGAUCCAGGUCUCCCCCAACCCCAGCCUUGCCGACGGUCCCCGCCACUGACGCAUCACCAUGGCAGCCCUGAUUGCAGAGAACUUCCGCUUCCUAUCACUCUUCUUCAAGAGCAAGGACGUAAUGAUUUUUAAUGGGCUGGUGGCACUGGGCACAGUGGGCAGUCAGGAGCUGUUCUCCGUGGUGGCUUUCCACUGCCCUUGCUCGCCCGCCCGCAACUACCUAUAUGGGCUGACAGCCAUCGGUGUGCCGGCCCUGGCGCUCUUCCUCAUCGGGGUCAUCCUCAACAACCACACCUGGAACCUAGUCGCCGAGUGCCAGUACCGGAGGACCAAGAACUGCUCGGCCGCCCCCAACUUCCUCCUCCUCAGCUCCAUCCUGGGCCGUGCAGCUGUGGCCCCCGUCACCUGGUCUGUCAUCUCCCUGCUUCGAGGUGAGGCCUACGUGUGUGCUCUCAGCGAGUUUGUGGACCCGUCCUCCCUCACAGCUGGGGAGAAGGGCUUCCCACCAGCCCAUGCCGCCGAAAUCCUGGCCAGGUUCCCUUGCGGGGAGGGCCCUGCCAACAUGUCAGGCUUCCGGGAGGAGGUCACCCGCAGGCUCAAGUAUGAGUCCCAGCUCUUCGGGUGGCUGCUCAUCGGCGUGGUGGCCAUCCUGGUGUUCCUGACCAAGUGCCUCAAGCACUACUGCUCGCCGCUCAGCUACCGCCAGGAGGCCUACUGGGCGCAGUACCGCGCCAGCGAGGACCAGCUCUUCCAGCGCACGGCGGAGGUGCACUCCCGGGUGCUGGCCGCCAACAACGUACGCCGCUUCUUCGGCUUCGUGGCGCUCAGCAAGGAGGACGAAGAGCUGGUGGCCAGGUUCCCGGUAGAAGGCACACAGCCUCGGCCGCAGUGGAACGCCAUCACCGGCGUCUAUCUGUACCGCGAGAACCUGGGCCUCCCGCUCUACAGCCGCCUGCACAAGUGGGCCCAGGGUCUGACGGGCAACGGGGCAGCGCCCGAGACCGUGGAGAUGGCCCCGCUCGCCUCCUAGGGAUCCGGCCCCCACCCUCUCUGCAGGGGACGGUACUUGGUCUCAAACUGAACUCCAUCCCUGUUCCCAGCAGCAUCAGAAGGGGAUUUUUUUUCACUUGGGAGGGAAACGGGCCGGAGCCAGGAGCACAAAGUAGCCCGGGGUGUGGAGAGUGAGCAGACAGCGGGGUCCACUCCAACAGGAAGGUCCCAGUUCUGAAGAAAUCCCCUCUCCCGCCGACAGCAACCAUUCAGUCAACAGCUUGAGAGAAAAGACCCUUCUGUAGAACUGGUCCUUCCGUAACUAUGAUGCGGACGACCUUUUACUAGUGGGAUCCCGAGCCUCGGCAGCCGUGGCCAGCGGAGCCAGGGGACAGGGAAGCUCACCAGCAGACGCACAUAACGUACAUGGGAUUGCACGUGGUUACCUGGCUUGAGGGCACUCAGCCGGGAGAUGCCCUCCAACAUCCACCUCUGUCUUUAUUUUAUAUACUUAAAUUUUUGAUAAAGUUUUUCUUAGCAUAAAGCA